AUGUGGCCACCUAAACGCAAUGAAUUAUUAACAGUAUCCGUGUCAGGUGUAGCAAAAGAAUCAUUUAUAUAUGGUAAUUAUAAUAAGACAAUCGUUUAUCGAGGAUAUUCUUUACCAUCAAUAAUUGGACCAUUAGAUGAUCUCGGAAUUAAAUUACCUACACAUCCUGGUCCAUUGAAAAUGAUUAUAUUUAAUGCUACAAUACCCGAAGUGGCCCCCGAAGGACAAUAUGAUUUAUAUGUCAAAGCAAGUGAACAAGAUCAUUUUGAAGUACUAUGUGUUAAAAUUAGUUGGGAAUUAUGA